AUUUAAUUAAAAAUCUUUUAACUGUACUUGUAGUUUGGCAACAAAACGUAACAAUAAUAUAAACAAAUUUCUCCCCGCGGUCUCGUCUGUUCUGCAUGUUUUCAUAGUGUUGUAUUCAAAGUUAUGGCUGAAGCUUCAUUAAAUUUAAAUGGUGAUGCUGAAAACAGUAAUAAAGAAUUGAAUGUUUCUCUUAGUGAUAGUGAUUCGGAGAUAGAAAUUAUUCAAGAACUCAAAGUUACUUAUACCGAACAUAAGUGUAACUUAUGUUCGGAGGGUGAAUUCUUAAUCGACAGAUUACUACGCUAUGGUGGAGUUUUAAAUGAUAAACACAAAUUUGCUUGUGAAAUUUGUGAUAAAGGCUUUGCCCAGAAAUCAAGUCUUACCAAGCAUUUAAAGAAACACUCUAAAACAAAUAUAACCUCCACAGAAUCACCUAAUUCUUCGGUUAUGUCACCAACAAUAACUCCAUAUAAAACUAAUGUGACCUCCAAAGAAUCUCCUAAUUCUUCGGUUAUGUCACCAGCAAUAACUCCAUAUUCUUGUACGGUGUGCAAGAAGUUUUAUAAAACUGAAAGAACCUUACGCACUCAUUCAAAUAAAAGACAUUUUGGCAGGCAUAUCUGUGAAAUAUGUAAACUUCUUUUUAGUGACUUUAAUUCCUUCAAGUCUCAUUGUGAUACGCAUAAAAAUUAGUUUUUAUAAUCAUUUUCAAUGAUUUUUUUUAUUUUAGUUUUAUUUAUAUUUUGUAUGCAUACAAAAAAAUGUACUAUCAGCCUGUGCAUUAUUUAUUUUUUUUGCGUCUGUGUCUUCUGGCAUUUACAAAAUAACUGUUGUUAUGCUUAGUUUUACUCUUGAAAAGAAAAAAAAAACACCCUUUAAAUUUUCUGUUUGUUCAAAACCACUAGGGAAAUUGAUUACUUAGAACUUCCAUAAUUGUUUUCCUAAUUAUGGAACUAUAACAAGAAAUAAGUAAGCUGGAUUUUUCUUUCUUUUAAAAUUUCAUUCCUAAAAAUUCUAUAAUUCUUUUUUUAAAUUCUAGACUAUUGAUUAAUUUUAUCAAUGAUAUAAUUUUAUAAAUGAUAUAUUGAUUUUUCACUUUGAAAUAAUUGUUAAGUACCUAUAGCUUUUUCCUAAUUCUAUGAAUAAUUUUUAUCUCUUGGAAUCUGCCACCAAAAAAUGUAGAGACUAUAUUCUCCAAUAUCAAAUUAGAUUAUCAUCUAAUAUGAUUGAAACUGUAACGAAAAUUUGCAAUAUUAAAAAUAAUUUAAUCCUUUUUUGAAUUACUUCAGUCUCGGUGGCCCCUAAAAUUCCAAGAAAAUCAAGGUCCUUCCUAACCUACUAUUACAGCAGCUCCGCAUUUGAGACAAUUACACUUUUAUAGAAAUAUUUUCUUACAAAUCACAUAUUAAUUAUUCUGGUGCUAUUACUAGUUUACACAUUAUGAGAAUGUCAUAAUAAAAUUAGCUGUCAAUAACUUUAAACUUUAGUUUUUCUAGAAAACUUGUUUCUCACUCAUUAGCUCAAUAAAUUCAAUUUUCAACCAG